AUGUGUUUAGUUAUUGAAUUUUACAUCUUUCUUUUACGUCGUCUUUCUCAUUCUAUCCUCCUUUUUCUUUCCUUCUCAUUCUCCUUAACUUCCCUUUCUCUCUCUCUCUCUUUCUCUCUCACUCUCUCUCUCUCAUUUUCCCUUUUUAUUUAUUUACUUAUCUCUUUCUGUAUUUAUGUUUCUAUCUCUGAAUUAAAUUCAAUUUCAUAUUUUAUAUAUUCUUUCGUGCUUUCUUUCUUUGCUAUUUUCAUUCUUCCGUUUUUCUUCUUCCUUUCAUAUUUCAUUCGUACUUUUAUUCUUCCUUUGAUAUUUUCGUACUUUGUUCCAUUCGUAAUUUCUGAAAUUCGUACUUUCCUUCUUCCAUUCUUUCUUUCUUUCUUUCUUUAUUUCAUGCUUUCUUUCUUUUGUAUUUUCUUUCUUCCUUUUUUUCUUCUUUCUUUCAUACUAUAUUCGUACUUUCUUUUAUUCUUUCUUUGA